AUGGUGUCCUUCUCUGAUGAUGUUUAUCACAUGACGGCCGAAGGUUCAACAAAGAUUUAUCGGAGUCGCAGGGCGCUUGUUCUCAAAUACGGCGUGCCCCUGUUGCUGGUUGACCUGGGAGAACUAAGGGAACAGAAGCAAAAUAAGGACAUCCCUCUCAGAGCAAAGCCCAUUAGAUUAAGAAAAGAAAAUCAAGCUGUAGUGGAAAGGAUUCUUACGACUUCUCACAAUCCCGAAAAUAUAACCUGUGAUAAUCAGCACAUUCAAGGCUAUUCAAACGAUUGGCCACUAAAAAAUGAACUGCGUAACACUGAUAAUAGAUGCAGUAUUCCAAUCUGCUUGGCUCAAUUCUUAUCUAAAAGCGAUUACAAGCCUGUAUCACUUGAACUGCCGAGCACAUGUAUGCUCAUGAGAACGGAAGAAAGUAACACUGACGAAGAGAAUUGCAAUACCCACAAGUUUCAGAUACGGUCGGAUCUGCCAAGUAGCCAGUUCUGCGCCUUUUGUCAAGUCAAGAUGACGUCAGAACCCUCUGAGUCAUGUUUCUGUAGCAUUUGUUGCCAGCUCAGUAAGCAAGAAGAUUGGUCUAUGUCUUGCUCUCAGCAAAAGAUUCCUGUUUACGGCAGAGAUUCACAGCGCUGCUAUCAAAAGCAACAAAGUAUACAUUACGAUCAGAGCGCACAGCAGCAUAUACUCAUAGGCCCCAGAUCAGACUGUGCAAACUCAGCGGGUUUAAAGCCGGAUGGAGGAUUUAGUAGUGACGAAAGCAGCGUGAAUCGAGCUAAGCUGGCUGUGACAGUAGGCGGAAAAGAAUUCAAGCGCGAAACCAAACUUACCCCACAAUUGUAUACGUCCAUGUCCCAAGCUCAAGACUUAUUCACUAGCAAACAACGUGUUUUUACAAAGCCCUUAGUACAUGCACCGAUGAUUCGUGGGCUGUAUCCGUUCAGUGAGCAUAGCUACCAUACCUCGACAGUGGAAGACGGUGUUUUAGUGUCCUGUCAUGACCCCGACCUGCCGUCCUCAGCCAGUUUUGCUGACGUAGUGUGUCAGGCCUGCGCCAAGGCAGGGACUGUCAUGCUACAAACGGAUCAGGCUAAAGGACUGGUCAACAGUUAUGACUUAGAGAUGGAUGAUUGGUCGAGCAUUGCCGAGUCUAUAAAAACCGGGGCGACACGCAGACCUACGGCGGCCAUAUGGCAAGGAGAUAGAACAAAUGUAAGCCAAGAAGCUUCACUACACUCUUCACUUGAGGCUGGUGUCUUUACCCUAUGGCCACAGAUGAUCAGGGAUUGUGAAUUUGGUCCUAUAUGCAAAAGUUUACCAGGAGCUGAACUAUAUUCAAGUAUGUUUAUUGAUUAUGAUUCACUAGAACCGAAUGUAUUUACAUUUUUACAAUUUUAUAACUAA